AUGUCGCGGCGUCCGCCUCCCAAACGAGCCCGCUUGUCACCCUCUGAGACGUCGCACAUCUUCUCUGCCUCCUCGCAACCUUCCGAACGCACGCAGCUACAUCCUUGUUCGUAUGAAGUCACGCUCAAUCACGACGCCGAGCUGUACCGCUCUCUGCAUCUUGCACCCGACGCCACGUCAAGCGAGCGCGAGCAAUGGGGGACUCGGCUGGUGACUUGGACAGGCACGGAUGGGCGCAGUGUUGUGAGCGACCGCUUUGAUGCCGUCCACCUUCUCACCGAACUUCCCGCCAAAUCUUCGCCCAAAAGUGCACAGGAUGGGGAAGAGGGAUGGUCGGAUUUGGACAGCGAUGCAGAAGAUGUUUUCUACCUGACCGACUCGGAAGCUGCCGCCUUCGCCCACGACCGGGCACGCGCGAGGCUCGAGGCACAACACACCGCCCGUAUCGCCGCAAUGCCGCCAUCCCCAUCUCCCGCCUCGGAGAAUGAGGAGGAUGAGGAGUGUGCGUUGGGAAGGUCCCAAUUUGAGCUCAUGCGAAAGACGGCUCGGGUGCUGGCCGAGUCGGACCAUCCGGCGCAACUGGAGCUCAAGAUCCUCGCCAACCACGCUAUUGAUGCACGGUUCGACUUUCUCAGACCCACGCCGCAGCAGAGCGCCAUGGCAAACGUAUGGACGCGCCUCAAGGCUCAGCCUGACCUGCCCUACGACGCAGCCCGAAAGCUGGCUGAGCCCAUCCAUGCUGCUCUGGUAGCGUACGCUUCCGACUCGGAUUCAGAACCACCGCAAGCCGAGCCACAAUCGGAUCCUCCGACCGAAUCCCGGCCUCAAUCCAAACCUGACGACGACGUCGAAAAGAAGCGCAAACAGGCCGAGCGACUCGCGCGCGCCCGCGAGUGGCUCAAAACGCGUUCGUAA